AUAACUUCAGUGGCUGGCCACUCCUCUGUCAGACCAUGGAUUGCAUUCAACAGACUACGGACGCUUGGGGCUUUGAGAGCAACUGCCAACUGAAGUUUGUCAACUUCGAGGCUCAUGAGAACCAUAUUUCCCAUGAGACAGAGGGCCUCAGCAAAAAGCACCUGGUGGUGCGCCGAGGGAAACCUUUCAAACUCACUCUGCUGUUUCGCAGCCAGAUGUGGAAUCCUCGCAGCGAGAACCUGGUCCUGGAGGUUUGCCUAGGUAAUCGGUCAGAGAGGAUCCCAGUCCAGUUCUCUAAGGAGGAGUACCAACCCCACAGCUGGUCAGCCAAAGUUUACCCAGGCGGCUUGCACCUGAAGUCGGCCGAGGUCCACGUCUGCUCCCCUGUUCAGUCCUCCGUGGCUCUGCAUCGCCUCCUCUUGCACCUCGAGACCCGACAGACUAGAAGGAGCUACUCGGUUGGCGAUUUUGUGCUGCUCUGCAACCCUUGGCUGAAAGAUGAUCCAGUUUACAUGCCAAUGGAUGUCCAAAUACAAGAGUAUGUCAAGAGCGAUUAUGGGGUGCUGUACAUGGGCACCCCUCGAAGCAUUGCCCAGCGGCCCUGGUCGUUUGGUCAGUAUGAGCCUGGGGUACUUGAGGCGUGUCUGACGCUCCUGGAGGUCACCCCUCAGCACUUUAAGGACAAAGACAAAGACUUCAUCCGCCGAACGGACCCCGUCUACCUCAGCAGAGUGAUAUGUGCCAUGGUGAACAGCAACGAUGACCUGGGUGUUUUGGAGGGGAAGUGGCAGGGCGGCUACAAAGACGGGGUCAAUCCCACGGAGUGGAGCGGCAGCGCCGACAUCCUGCGCCAGUGGGUCUCAUCCAACUGCGAACCUGUGCGCUAUGGCCAGUGCUGGGUCUUUGCAGCCGUCCUCUGCACAGUGAUGCGAGUGUUGGGGAUUCCCUCCCGGGUGGUCACAGUGUUCAACGCAGCCCACGACGGCGACGCCAACCUGACAAUUGAAGAAUUUUACUCGAGCUCGGGGGAAAAGCUCAACCUGUCCAAGGACAGCAUUUGGAACUUCCACGUGUGGGUGGAGUGCUGGAUGGCGAGAGGGGACCUCGGUGCGGAGUUCGGCGGCUGGCAGGUGGUGGACCCGACCCCCCAGGAGAGGAGUGCAGGGGUCUUCUGCUGUGGCCCUUGCCCGGUGGCCGCCGUUCGGGAGCGCUGCUACGAGGCGCGCUACGACACGCCGUUCGUCUACGCCUCCGUCGACGCAGACGUCGUGCGGGUGAUCGUGCGCGAGGGCAGGGUGGUGGGCAGGAAGGUGGACACGGAGUCAGUGGGACAGCUGAUCUACACCAAGAGCCUCCAUUCAGACGCGCCGGACAAUCUGACCGGGACGUACAAGGGCAGGAAGACGAUGCAACAAAGAGUCACCAUGACGCUGUACAGUAGCGCAGCAAGGUGUUCCCUCCGAUCCCCGCCAACGGGCCUAUCCUGCCAGUUAUCUCCGCAGGAAACGGCACCCGCGUUGGAGGUGUCCCUGAGCAUAGAUGGGGUGCCGUCAGUGGGUGAGAACAUCUCCAUGCGUGUGACUGUCACAAACCGGUCAGCCAGCCCGAGGCUUCUGAUGGAGCACCUCAACGCUCAGCUGAAGGCCUUCAAUAGCAACCCGGAGAGGAGCUUCUGGAAAGCCCACAAAGAAGUGAGCGUACAGCCGGGUGAAGUUCUGACGCUUCACCACAUCAUCCCUCCGGCCGAGUACGAGGCGUUCCUGGCAGGCGAGGACAUUGUGAACGUGGCGGUGGUGAUCAAGGACAAGAGGACGGAAGAGAGAGUCCUGGCUUUCCAGGAGUUCAACAUCAGCUCACCACAGAUCAGCGUAGAGAUUGAAGGAGGGGACAGCAUCCAGGUGAAUAAGAAGUACACGGCCCGGGUGUCCUUCGUCAACCCUUUUACCAAAGUCCUGAGUGGAGCUGUGCUCACUGUGGAGGGAUCCGGCUUGUUACAAGGCAAAUGCCAAGAAAGACUGCUUCUCAUGCAGCCAGAGGAGAAGAUAGAGAAGGCGGUGACCAUCGUGGCCUCACUGGCCGGCACUAAACUGCUCAUGGCCACAUUCUCACAGAGCAGCAGCUCCAGAGUCGUUUCCAGGAGCUUCCACAAAGUCUCCGUCACUGCUGCAUGAGUCCGUCCUCACAAAAAAGCACAGAGUACGCUUGUUUUACUCUCUGGAACCAGAUAUAUUGCCUUGUCUCCUCUAAGUAUGAGAUAAAGUUGGAUUAAUUUGAUUAUUUUAAGUUGUAUGUUUUGAUUUUAUUCACUAUGCACACAGUGUCUUCAGUAUUUGUUUUCUGAAUACAUUGUAGGGGCCUCGUUUUGAUUAUAAUGUUGCACUGUAUCAUGAAAUGAAAUUGCUAAAUGUGGGUUUUUCCCUUUUCAGUGAUGCAUUUGUACCACUAGGUGGCAGCAUUGGCGUUUCAAUUUAAAAAUUCUAUCAAACUGUUGAAACCCCCUAAAUUAUUCUGUUUGUAUACUUCAGUGUUGGUUUCAGUGGUUGUUUGUCCCUAACUGGCUCCUAUGAGCAUGUGAUGUGUCUUCUUUUGUCCAUAUUAAAUCAUUCAUUAUUCUUGUGACAUCUUGUAUAUCUGAAACAGAAAUAAAUCUCAUUUAAAAAUUUUAGUGAGUUAAAUUAAUCUGUAAACUCGUUGAUGAAACAUGAUAUUUGGGGAAAUCCCAGCAUGCACUGUGAGUUGAA